AUCGAAACAAAUUGAAAAGAAGAAGAGCAGAAAUCAUUAAAAACAGAGCAAACUCAUGGCGUUGACCAAGUUCCACCUCCUCGCCUUCAUCUGCCUCGUCUCCUCCAUCGCCCUGGUGACCUCCAUCGAUACCUUCUCCAUCCAAGGCCGCGUCUACUGCGACACCUGCCGAGCUGGCUUCGAGACUAAUAUCACCGAAUACAUCCCAGGGGCGAAGGUUCGGGUCGAGUGCACCCAUUUCUUGACAAAUAAGGUGGAGCAUUCUAAUGAAGGUGUAACAGAUUCAAGCGGAUCUUAUAAGAUUACUGUGUCGAAUGAUCACGCAGAUGAGAUUUGCGAGGUGGUGCUCGUCGAAAGCCCGCAGGAAAACUGCAUGGAGAUCGAGAAAGGUAGAGACAGAGCCCAAGUUUUGCUCGCGAAUGAUGGAGGCAUAAGCGGGAAUACAAGGCACGCGAACUCACUUGGUUUCCUCAGGAAUGAGCCUCUUCCUUUCUGCGCACAGCUGCUUCAGGAGUAUUUUGGGCAAGGAGAGGAAGACUAGUAAUGCAUGCAAUUUUUUAGCUAUAUCGCGUGGCCUUAAUUUGUUAAAAAGGCUUAAAAGUUGAGUAUUUUAUGGCUUUGUUGUAGGUCUCAAAAUUUACCACAUUGUGUGUAAGUUUGUGUUGUCGAGUUUCAUCGAAAUGAUAAGUUUGAUUAUGUAAGUUGGAAAGUCAUUGGAAAAGAUUAAUUACUUGGACUUAUUAUGUAUUGAUUGCCGGUAGGCUUUUUGUGGAGUAACAGAUUUAA